AUGCCUAAAUAUUCUUUUAAUUGUCGAGAAAUACAAAAUUUAUUAAAUGGAAUUGUUUGUUUAUUCAAGCCGAGAGAUGUUCCUUUAUCUGCUUUACAAAGAUUAUUUUUAAAAGAAAUUUGUGAUCAAGCAAAUGUAAUUGCUCAAUGUCGUCCACUUCCAUUAAUUGAAAUGCCAAUAGUUGAAGAACAUAAAGAAAGUGGUUCUCUUUUAAUUGUUGGAAAACGGCAACAAAUUGAUUACAGACCAGAAGAAUUUCAAAUGGAACCAUUAAAUCCUUUAGAACCGUCCAGUUCUGGCGUUUGUGUUUUUGGCCUCAAUGAUGGUUGUGAUCGUUUAGAGGCUAUUCGAAGUUUAGCCUGGGUUAAUGAGUAUUUUAUUGAAGCAGAACUGGGUCGAGGUACUCAUCUAAAUUCUAUAAGAGGAACAGUUAAUUCAAGAAUGGAAUAUGAUCAUGUUUCUCAACAUCGUUUAAAUACUUUACUUUCUCUUCUGCGUUUACAAUACAAAAAGGCAUCUUUUGAAUUUGCAAAUUUAAAUAUGCAAAGUCAACAAGCUUUUGAAUUAGCUAGGCGUGGUGCCCCCAGACCAAGUAAUUUUUUGAUGUACUUAUUUAAUUUCCUACCCCAUCCCUAUUUGAGUCUCUGA